GUUGUGCAGAGCUGCAGAAGGCCUGAGAGAUCCAGCUAGACAGAGAGAGACGGGAGGGGGAGAUAACGUAGACAGAGACAGACACAUUGUGGAUCGAGAACCUCUGUAUUCAUUUCAUCACCCAGUUCAACCAGCGACACCAGUGAGGAAGGAGACAAAGGAAAGAGGAAGACAAAAAGGUGCUUCAGUGACAACAGGAAAAGAGAAAGAGAGGCAAGGUGAAGGAGGAGAAGGAAGGAAGGAAGGAAAGGGUGGUAGGAAAGGAGGCUGGGGCGUGAGGAGGGGCGCCUGACUGACACUGCCGCUCUGGCUCACACACACACACACCAACAUAAGCAGACACACACAUGCUCGCUCAGCCAGAUUGUGCAGUGCACAGUUGCUGCUCUUUUUUUUAUCCUUUGCGGAGCCUUGACCUCCAUCCUUUCUUCUCCUCUGAGCAAGAGUACAAGAGCGACAGAGACGGAGGGAAGAGGAGGAGGGAGAGAAACGAGGAGAAGGACGAGGAGGGGAGGCAGUAACCCUCUCCUCUCCUUUACUCGGGGAUACAGCAGCGCAAGAGAGGGAAUUGAAGAUUAAGAAAAAGAGAGAGAAGCAGCUUUCUGUUCUAUUUCGCCGUCUCCUGUGGUCCUUUGGCCAGCGAGCGGCUAACAGGCACCGCUCAUGUCCGUGAACUCAGAGAAAUCCUCGUCCCCUGAAAGGCCUGAGACCCAGCAGAAAGCUCCGGUGACUGCCCCUCCUCCCCCGCCACCCCCUCCACCUCCCCCUGAGCCAGUAGUCCCCCCGGAGCCGGAGGAGGAGAUCCUGGGCUCUGACGAUGAGGAGCAGGAGGAUCCCGCAGACUACUGCAAAGGAGGGUACCAUCUGGUGAAGAUUGGGGAUUUGUUCAACGGGAGGUACCAUGUGAUCAGGAAGUUGGGGUGGGGCCACUUCUCCACGGUGUGGCUGUGCUGGGACAUACAAGUGAAGAACUUUGUGGCGAUGAAGGUGGUGAAGAGUGCCCAGCAUUACACAGAGACGGCCCUGGAUGAGAUCAAACUGCUGCGCUGUGUGAGAGAGAGUGACCCAAAUGACCCCAACAAGGACAUGGUGGUUCAACUGAUAGAUGACUUCAAAAUCUCUGGAGUCAACGGCAUACAUGUGUGCAUGGUGUUUGAGGUGUUGGGUCACCACCUGCUGAAGUGGAUUAUUAAAUCCAACUACCAAGGUCUGCCACUGCCAUGUGUCAAGAGCAUUAUCAGACAGGUCCUGCAGGGUCUGGACUACCUCCACACAAAGUGUAAAAUCAUCCAUACAGACAUAAAGCCAGAGAACAUCCUGAUGUGUGUAGAUGAUGCAUUUGUUAGACGCAUGGCCAUGGAGGCAACUGAAUGGCAAAAAGCUGGAGCCCCCCCACCGUCCGGAUCAGCAGUUAGCACAGCCCCCCAGCUCAAACCGGUGAGUACAACAGAUGUCGGUAAGAUCUCCAAGAACAAAAAGAAGAAGCUGAAGAAGAAACAGAAGCGGCAGGCAGAGCUGCUGGAGAGGCGGAUGCUGGAGAUCGAAGCCCUGGAGAGAGAGGCCGAGAGGAGGGAGGAGAGAGCCAAAGAAGGGGGGGAGAAAGGGGUGCUUGAACACAGGCUGCCUUCACCGCUGCAGCCACCACCACCUGCACUGGGCCCCAGCAUGGCCCUGGGAGAGAGCGAGGAGGAUGAUGAGGAGGAAGAGGACGGGGAAGAUGAGGAGGAGGAGGGAGGAGAGAGGGAGAGACCCAUCAGGUUGACUAAUCAUACAUGUGCAUCACCUCCCCAGCAACAGAGCGAGACACCCCACGUCACUGAUGAUGACCCAGAUGAGGAGGUGGAAGAAGACGAGGACCCUACGCCUACCGCUGAAAGAGAUGCCCCCAUUCCCCCCAAUUCACAGGAAGGUAAUGGAGAUCCAGCACAAGUAAAGGUAGAGGAGGAUGAGGGAGAGGAGGAGGAGGAGGAGGAGGAGGAGGGGGAGGAGGAUGAGGAGGAGGAGGAGGAGGAGAUACUGAAAGGGACCAAGGAUGAGAAUGAGGAAGGGGAUGUGGAGGAGAAGGUAGAGGAGCAGGAGGAAAAAGAGGAGGAUGAGAAAGAGACUGAAAGAGGGGAGAAUGAGACAGAGGAGCCAAAGAGUGAAGACAAAACAGAGGACGAGGCAGGGGUAGAAGAAGAGGAAUCAAAGAGGCAAGGUGGGAAGGAUGAGGAAGAUCAGGAUAACAACACAACCGCCGACCUCCUCACGGACAGCACUUCUCCCAUCAAAUCCCACAACAACAAGACCAACUCGGCCAAAACCAACGGUCACAUUUUGUUGGGGUCUGAGGGGCUGAAACCAAACCCGGGCACUCCUCCGCCCCCUUCAUCCACCCCCGAGCCUCUCCUCUGCCCCCUGGUGGAGUCUGAGCUCAGCUACACAGACAGGGACCUCUCUCUCAGCUCUGGUUAUGAGAUGUUUAAUGGUGAGCUGAGUGGACCAGUACUGACCAAUGGCUCCAGUGAGCGCCAUCGAGGCACAAUGCCCCUCUUCCCCGACUUGCCCUUGGAUCCUGAGCCAGGAAACCCUAUUUCUGUUGGGAUGGCCGACAUUGGAGCGGCACCAUCACCCAACAGCCCCACUGCUGAUCGCAGUCGCACUGUGUCGUCCUCGAGCACGGGAGACACACCCAAAGUCAAGGUCAGAGCUGCAGAUCUCCUGAUCAAUCCAUUAGACCCGCGCAACGCUGACUCCAUUCGAGUCAAAAUCGCUGAUCUUGGAAAUGCCUGCUGGGUGCACAAGCACUUUACAGAGGAUAUCCAGACGAGACAGUAUCGUUCCAUUGAGGUCCUGAUUGGAGCUGGUUACAGCACUCCUGCAGACAUCUGGAGCACUGCCUGCAUGGCAUUUGAGCUGGCUACUGGAGAUUACCUGUUCGAGCCCCACUCGGGUGAGGACUACUCUCGUGAUGAGGACCACAUAGCCCACAUCAUAGAGCUGCUGGGCUGUAUUCCAAGGCACUUUGCACUCUCUGGAAAAUAUUCCCGGGAGUUCUUCAACAGAAGAGACCACAUCGCUCUGAUCAUGGAGCUCCUUGGGAAGGUCCCACGCAAAGUGGUCGCUGCUGGGAAGUACAGCCGAGAGUUUUUCUCCAAGAAAGGUGAACUGCGGCACAUCACUAAGCUGAAGCCGUGGUCCCUGUUUGACGUGCUGGUGGAGAAAUAUGGCUGGUCGCAUGAAGACGCCGGCCACUUCACUCACUUCCUUCUACCCAUGCUGGAGAUGGUGCCUGAGAAGAGGGCCUCGGCUGGUGAAUGCCUGAACCACCCCUGGCUCAGCUCGUAGCCACAAAUUCUGAUCAGAUGUCCUCCUCCCUUUGUUCCCCAGCAGUUAGUCCAAACAUCACCCCUUGGUGGCAGCCUGUGGAACAACAGUGUAGAGAAAGCUGGAGGCAAACGGAUGAAGUAGUGCAAAAGACUUCAUCUUUCUACACCUAAACAUCUCCCAAACUGAAUUGGAUCAUUUGAAGAUGGAUUCUGCUCGCAGCAUUAAAGGGAGAAGUCAGGCUCUGUCUAUGAAAGAUGUGCCUUUCUUCUUCUCUUCUGCCAUAAAGAUGUCAGCCAGUAGCCACUUGUAUCUAUCGACCUGCCACCUCUGAAUAUUCAUUUUAACUUCUCUGGACCCAGCUGCUAAUCUUUUCAAUGACAUGGAAGAAAAGUCAGCAAGAAGCCCCUGACAGAUCUGCUAUGACCUCUAGAUGGCCCAGUCCACAAAGAAAAACAAGCGUGUGUGUGUGUUAACGUGUGCGACUAUGAGUGUACGUGCCUGUGCUCAAGAUCUCCCAGCUUCCCUCGCUCAUCCUGCUGUGGGAGAACUAUCCAUAUCGGACUAAAGGUUUACACCCUGAUUUCUUCCAAGAGCCCGUUCCUAAAAAAUCUUUAUCUGUUUGGUUCCCUAUUUCCUCACCUCCCAAAUGAGCUGCAGGCUACUGCCAGGGGCCACCACAGAGAACUGGCGGGCAGCCAGUCCUCCAUGGGGCACCACCACAAUGACAUUUGCAAUUGUGAAAGAGACAGAAAAGGUGCAGGAUGAGCAAAAACAAGAUUUCAAUCAGUUUAAUGUGGAGGAGGACAGCUUGGUCUUCAAAGACUUUUUAAAUUGCAUGGAGAGACUGAUGGAUUGGCAUGAACGGAUAUGACAAAUGGACCAUGGAUGCAUUAUUUCAUUUGUGCAUUUCACUUAUUUUUGUCCUGUUCAUUACAUCCCUUGGACAUCCUGUUAGAAAGAAUUGCUUUAGAAUUUUUUGGUGCCGCCUCUGAGGAAGAUCACCUUGUUACAACCUCUUCUCCUUCUACUUUUGACAUUCCUAUAUCAUUCCUGACUUAAUUCCCAGGAACAUUUCUGUUGAGUCCUGCUGUGGAACGUUUUACCUGGUACUAUUCUCCCUUUGUUCCCUGAGCUUCUCCAUAACGGGGAUGGUCACAUGGAGGUUGCACUUGUCUUUGUAGAUAUCCUUCAGGGAUUGAAACCUUUGUACAUAGAACUGAGAUCUGGCGACGCCGAUAAGCAAUCGUGGACAAAGUUUCAACACACAAGCAUCAUUCCAAAAAGAACGGAGGCUGGUGUUGGUUGAACUUGACUUCCCCUGAUACAGUGGGAGCCCCAGACCUGAAGGAAUGUUGUCUGAACUGUGCCACCUGGUGGCUUAAUGAGAGUACUGCAUCACCACACACUGCUGCUGCUCUCAGUGCCAACGCUCCAAGACGUUCCAUUAUAUCUCUCCAUUUAAUCUCUAUUUCUGUCACAUGCACACACAGACACAGAAAAACUUGCAUCAUCACAGUUAGUCCAGUUGCCUAUUUUUCGCAAUAAAUGAAAAAAAAGAUGAGUAUAAGUAAAUGGUGAGAUAUUUUUAAAAAAUAUUUAAUUCAAUAAAAAAAAAAAAAUUCUCUGGUUGUUGUGACCGUGACAGAAUCUCGUCAUAUACCGAGGUGAUUGUGUUUGUCUGUUAGAAAUAUUUUUAUUUCUUUUGCCAUUAUUAUUAAUUAUAGU